AGGAUUAAAUAGAAAAAUAGCAAUGUACGUUACUAUGACUGUCUCUACAACACUUGACGUUGCAAUUUCUUGUGCAAAAAAGUUGAAGCCAGCAAAUAUUAUGGCCAACAAACAUCACAACAACCCCAAAAAACCAAAAGCAAUAUGA